UGGCGCAAUAGACGGUGUACAUGUGAAUGUUGUAAUUCCACUUGAAGAUCAAGUACCAUUUGUUGGUAGAAAAGGGAUACCAACUCAGAAUGUCAUGGCAAUAUGUAAUUUUGAUAUGCAAUUUAUAUAUGCAUAUGCUGGGUGGGAAGGUUCUGCUCAUGAUACAAGAAUUUUCUAUACAGCUUUACGUGAUUCAACUUCAAAUUUUCCAAAACCUCCCCAAGGAAAAUAUUAUUUAGUGGAUGCGGGAUACCCACAAAUUACAGGUUUUUUAGGACCAUAUAAAGGCCAAAGAUACCAUCUACCACAAUUUCAACGAGGUAGCAAACCUACUGGUUAUAAAGAGGUAUUCAACCAGGCACAUUCUUCUCUUCGAAGUGUUAUUGAAAGAACUUUUGGAGUAUGGAAGAAAAGAUGGAAAAUAUUAAGAGAUAUGCCUAGUUAUCCAUAUCAGAAGCAAGUGAAAAUAGUGAUUGCAUCAAUGACCUUGCAUAAUUACAUUCGAAGGCAUGCAAAACAUGAUCGACAUUUUGAGAAAAUUAGAGAUAAUCCAUAUUAUUGUGUAGAAGAUCAAACUAAUAUUGAAGAUGAAGAUGAGACAGCUAGAGCUUCAAAUUUAAAUGAAAUGGACAAUACUAGAGAUCUGAUUGCUGCAAGUUUAAUGGGAUAUAAUUAAACUAUAUUCUUAU